UGCUGUGUGUGUACUGUGUAGUGGCAGCCUCAGGACUAGGAAGGGAGUAAAGAUAAGUCUUUUAAAAGUACGGGCAGUAGUCAUGGAUUUCUUCAACCCUUCUUCUUCUUUUUGACUCGCAUCCCAAAAUCUCUCCCUGCAGUGAUCACUGCAUAGUAACAUUUACAAGAGAAGAAUACAUUGAGGGAAAGGAAUAAAAACUUCCAUUUUCUUUUAUUAUCAAUCCAGAAGCAAUAAAAAUGGCUUCUUGUUGUUGUCUGAGGCUUGAAAAUGUGAUCUUUUCAUCAACUUUUAGAAAACUGGGGCAAACUAGUGCAAAUGGCAGUGUCCUCGUCUCUUCUCCUAUCUCUUCUUUCUCUCUCUUAUCAUCAUCUUCUGCUUUAUUUUCUCCAAUCUUAAAAACUUCACAUUCGCUUAGCUCUUCUCUUUCUGUGAAAGCUUCCUCUUCUACUGCCAUUGCUGAACCUGAAGGCAUCAAGAUUAAUUCAGUGCCGACAAAGCCAAUUGAGGGUCAGAAGACAGGGACAAGUGGUCUGCGAAAGAAGGUUAAGGUUUUCACUGAGGAAAACUACCUUGCAAAUUGGAUUCAGGCAUUGUUUAAUUCAUUGCCACCAGAGGAUUACAAGAAUGGAGUACUGGUCUUGGGAGGGGACGGUCGUUACUUCAAUCGAGAAGCUUCACAGACAAUCAUCAAAAUUGCUGCAGGGAAUGGUGUUGGCAAAAUCCUGGUCAGCAAGGAAGGUAUUAUGUCCACGCCAGCUGUUUCUGCUGUGAUCCGAAAGAGGAAGGCCAACGGUGGAUUUAUAAUGAGUGCAAGUCAUAAUCCUGGAGGGCCUGAAUAUGAUUGGGGUAUCAAGUUUAAUUACAACAGUGGGCAACCUGCACCUGAAUCCAUCACUGACAAGAUAUAUGGGAACACCCUUUCUAUAUCUGAGAUUAAGAUUGCGGACAUUCCUGAUGUCGACCUUUCUAGCCUCGGAGUCACAAAAUAUGGAAACUUCAGUGUUGAAGUAGUAGACCCAGUUUCGGAUUAUUUGGAGCUAAUGGAGAAUGUAUUUGAUCUUGAGCUCAUCAAAAGUCUCCUUUCACGGUCAGAUUUCAGGUUUGUAUUCGAUGCCAUGCAUGCUGUUACUGGUGCUUAUGCAAAACCCAUCUUUGUGGACAAGCUUGGGGCCAGUCCGGAUUCAAUCUUAAAUGGGGUACCUCUGGAGGAUUUUGGUCACGGCCAUCCAGAUCCUAAUCUUACAUAUGCCAAGGAUUUGGUCAACAUCAUGUAUGGUGAGAAUGGACCAGAUUUUGGAGCUGCAAGUGAUGGAGAUGGGGACAGAAACAUGAUCCUAGGUAGAGGGUUUUUUGUCACUCCUUCAGAUUCGGUUGCUAUCAUUGCUGCCAAUGCACAGGAAGCCAUUCCAUACUUUAUGAGUGGCCCGAAGGGUUUAGCUCGUUCCAUGCCGACAAGUGGUGCUCUAGAUCGUGUGGCUGAAAAAUUGAAUCUUCCAUUUUUUGAGGUCCCUACUGGUUGGAAAUUUUUUGGGAAUCUUAUGGAUGCUGGAAAACUGUCAAUUUGUGGUGAAGAAAGUUUUGGAACUGGUUCUGAUCACAUUCGUGAGAAGGAUGGCAUAUGGGCUGUUUUAGCUUGGCUUUCAAUUAUUGCUUACAGAAACAAAGACAAGAAACCAGGGGAGAAGUUAGUAUCUGUUGCUGAUGUUGCGAAAGAGCAUUGGGAAACCUUUGGAAGAAAUUUCUUUUCUAGAUAUGACUAUGAAGAAUGUGAAUCUGAAGGUGCCAACAAAAUGAUCCAGAAUCUUAGAGAUAUAGUCUCUAAAAGCAAACCAGGUGAUAAGUAUGGAAAUUACACCCUUCAGUUUGCUGAUGACUUUACGUACACUGAUCCUGUGGAUGGAAGUGUGGCAUCAAAGCAAGGUGUCCGGUUUGUUUUCACUGAUGGAUCAAGGAUUAUAUUCCGUUUAUCUGGAACUGGAUCAGCAGGUGCAACUGUCAGAAUCUACAUCGAACAGUAUGAACCAGAUGUCUCUAAACAUGAGAUGGAUGCCCAAGUAGCCCUAAAACCACUAAUAGAUCUGGCAUUGUCUGUAUCAAAGUUGAAAGACUUCACAGGAAGGGACAAGCCAACAGUCAUCACAUGAAGUUAACAGCAAUUGGGAGUCUCACAAAUCAAGUGGUAUGCCAAGUUAUGCUUAAUGGCAGGUUGGGUUUUCCUUUCUUUUCUGGCUUUACUUGCCAUACAGAUUCUUUCUGCUCAAUUUUGGUUGUACUUUAGCUAGCAUGGUAUUAUGGUUCAAUAAAUAUUUCCAUGUAAAGUAAGUAAAAACAUAUCUAUGCAAAUAAAAUCUCUUGCAUUCACUA